AUGACUGCACCGAGUCUCAUCCCUUCAUCUUUCCUUCCCCCUCUCCCGCGUUCUCAAUAUACCCUCUCUCCGUUACAUCCAGCCGAUAUCCUGGCGCGGAUAUCGAUUCUUCGCGAGCUAUAUCUACCUCCUAUACACGGUGGAUUCACGGCGGCAGAUGUGUUCGAUGAUGAACCUGUGCUGAAAGUCGUUAGAGGGCAGAAACGAGAAAGAAGAUUCUCAGCUGGAUUAGUUGAAACUAUGGAUGGAGUAGGUUUGGGCUUGGACGUAGCCAUAGAAACUAGAGGAAAUGGAUUAGAAGUACUUGAAGAGGAGUUGAGCUCAGACGAAGAGCAAGAAGAUGAUGACGAAGAUGAACGAGAUGGUCAGGAACAUUUAGAACCGUUCGAAAGGGAAUGGGCCGAAAAAUGGCUCGGAGGUAUAGUGCGACGAUCUCAAGGUUGGAUAGAAGAGAAUGAGGAUAAUAUAGAUGAGAUCAAAGAUGUGGAGAUGAUAUUGAGGGACGCGACGGCUGUGUUAGCUAUGAUGGCUGGCACAAGUGCUGCCGGUUCUCUCACUCGACACCUUGUGUUUCCCCUCUUGCCAUCUCUCGCACCUGCAUUAUCACUUGUACAUUCCCGUCAACCACCGAACCCAGCCUUAUCACCAGAAACAAACACUUUCCUAGCUUCUCUGUCAACCUCACCAUCAUCUCCUUCUAUUCACGUCCGUCGUCAAUCAGCUGUAACAGACCUUUCAGCAUCUCCCAGUACUUCUUUAUCCGGCAACGACAAAAGUCUCAUGUCAUCUCGUAGGAGAACGAAAAGCAAAAGGGCUGUAUUACCGAUAUUGCUCCAUGAUGCACCGAUGGGUGAUCAUCUGAGUGUUGGAGUUCAAACAUGGGGAUCUGCAAUCUUAUUAGGCCGACAACUUGCUUUAAGACCUGAAGAUUAUGGUUUAUUCUUACCUUCCGAAAAGCCUAUAAGGAUAUUGGAAUUAGGUGCGGGAACAGGGUUAUUAUCUAUUCUAUGCCGAAAAUUACUAGAUUUACGUUCGACACAAGAAGGUACACCACCAGGAUUAGUAGUAGCUACUGAUUUCUUAGAUUCGGUAUUGGACAAUCUGAAGAUUUGCGUAGAUUUGAACUUCCCUCCUAAAGUAGGAUCAACAAUGAUAUCAACAUCAGGCCAAGGCGGAGGCGGGAACGGAAACGAGAUAGAAACUUCAACGGAUAUAUCAAAAGAUCAAGGUAUACAUAUAGCUAAAUUAGAUUGGACGACUUUCCCUUCUUUCAUGCAAACUGGAAAAGGUGAUGAAGAAUUAUCUGAUUUUGUGGAAAAUCAAAAUUCUUUCGAUCUGGUCUUAGCAAGUGAUUGUGUUUAUGAUGAAACACACGCGAAACUACUCAGAGAAGUAGCUGGAUGGACGCUGAAACCACCUGAUGAACAGGGUAACGGCGGAGGAACCUUCCAUAUUCUGUCUCCACUACGACCUACUUUCGCUCCAGAAUUAGCAUCGAUUGAUCAGUAUUUCCCACCGAUAUCGACGUACACUCCUUUAUCGCAAAGAGAGCAAGCCGCUCGAAGUCCAUCACCUUCAGAGAUAGGUUCCGAUCUCAGAGGAGAGGGUUUGGGCUUAGGCAGAGGUCUCAAGCUCGGUUCCAGAGGGGAGGGAAAGAGAGGGGUCAAAGGUAAGAAGGGAGAAGGAAGGGUAGAUGAGAACGGCGGCUAUUGGUGGUGGGAAGUAGGAUGGGGAUAG